CUUUUCUCCAUUGCCAACCACCAAACAAGCACGACAGCCAGCACAAACAACACAAAGCGCACCACACCACCAGCACCAGCACACCACUAGCUAGCAUGUCGACGGAGGCAACGGAGGAGGGUGCAGUGGCUGCCGUGGAUGCACACGCGAAAGAGGAUGCAGCAGAGGAAGGCAUGAUGGCUGGUCCGUCAACUGUUGACACGCCUACAGCCCAAGAUGCAAGAAGGGAAGACGAGGCGGAUGCGGCACAGACUGGCAAUGGUCCAUCACGACCCCAUAAUGACGAUGACGAUGAUGAUGAUGAUGAUGAUGCAGUCCAUGAUGAUGAUGAUGAUGAUGAUGAUGAUGAUGGCGCGGCAGUUGGCGAUGCCGGCCCACAAAGCGGAGGAGUUGAGAGUACACAGGACACAGCAGCGCAUGACAUCGCUAGCUCACACCCAUCAGAGACGACGCUGGUGCGGGAACCUCUCGAGGAGUCGGCUGACCAUCAAGGCAAUGAACAACAACAGCCUGCAAAGCAGCAGGCAGAUGAUGCACACGAUGCCGUUCUCACACAGGAUGCGGACGAUGACAACAACAAUAGCGACAUCGCAAGCAAUGACCUGCACGAAGACGUUGAACCAGGUGACCGUGGUGAUGAACAUACGGAUCAACAACAACCGAGCUCACACUCGAUGCAAGCAGGCAGCGAAAGUGUCACAGCUGCCGCAUUUGCGUGGGAAGACGAGGAAGACGCUGAAGUGGCAUCGCUGCUGUUUGAUUCAGAGGAAGAACAAGAUGAGCAAGAUGGGAUGGUGCCGCCGCUACAGUCCCUCGGCCGCGAUGCUGGGGCUCCCGGUCUGUCCACGUCAUCUCUGCGCGGCGCGCUGGCUGGCUCACAGAGUCGCAGCAGCAGAAAGGCGCUCUUCCCAGACCAGCAAGCCGUCGGCAACCAGAUUCGAUUGGAGAAGAUCACCGAGAACAUGCAGCGGUAUGACAAGGAGGUGGCAAAGCUGGAGGCACAGCGGGGCAAAGUGGCAGCCAACAUCUCCGAAGCGCGGGCACAGCUGGCCAGUCUUCAUGCACAAGUGGACGAGCUGGACGAUGGCAUCGACGCCCUGCUUGACUCCGCCACCACCGCCGACGGCACGUUGAAGAGUGAGGUCAACGCGCUCCAGAACCAGCAGAACUGCCUUCUCAGCCAAGUCACCGACCUGGAGGAGAGCAUUCGAGAGAUGGAAGCGCAAGAUGCCACCAUCCAAGAACGCAUCCAAGAUUGUACUGCGAAGAAAGCGCAGUUUGCAAAGCUUGAACAGAUGGUGCUGGACACGAAGAACAACAACGACAAGGUGGACAAGAUCCUACACCGCCAUCGCCGGGAGGGCAGUGGACCGCUGGUCGAGCGGACACGCAAGCGGCGGUCAAAGCAGACGCAGCCGUUGCCGUUCCCAACAGACGGGCAGGAGGCGACGGCACGCGUGCGCCGGCUUAUUGGCGAGCGCCUACAGCAGGCGAAACAGCGCGAGCGAGAGGCAGAGACACAGGAGGCCGUGGAGGAGGGCAGGAAGCGAGAUGUGCUGCUGAGCUUGAAGCGAAACAUCGACCACGUCUCAGAGGGAGACAGGCGGCGGGCCAUCGAGUUGAGGAAGCGACGGCAGCAGGCUGAGCGCGAGCACAAGGCCGAGAAGCAGCGGCUGCUGGCGGAGGGCCAGAACCCGGAGGAGGUGUUCCGGCGACGCAAGCUGGAGCGCGAGCGAGCGAAACAGCAGCAGCGCGCACAGAGGGAGAAGGAAAAGCAGGAGCAGAGCAUUGCCGCGCGCAUUGCACAGGAGAUGUCGUGGAAGCGAAGCGAGGUUGGCGAGCGCACGGCCAAGCUGCGGCAGACGGCAAUUGGGACAACCAUGAAGACGAUGCAGGCGACGAGCGGGGCCGUGGCGGGCAGAUUCGAGGCAGAGGCAGCGCUGCAGCUGAAGAUGGAACAGCAGCAGCAACGUGGCGCUGGUGGCGCUGGUGCUGGUGCUGGGAAGCAGCGAGUAGGACCGAACCACAAGAGCAGCAAAGCGUCAAAGGUGGCACUGGCAAGUGCACAGGAUAUCGGUGACGAAACAGGUGGCACUGACGGCGGCAGUGUCAAUCCCGCAGCGAAGGCAUCAUCCGCCAUGUCUGUUGGCCGCAUAUCCAAGCAGUCGUCGAAGCAGCAGCUGCUCGCAGCGUCCAAGAUGGGCAGCCAGAUGUCAGUGCUGAGUGGCUCCAGCAAACAACAACAACAACAGCAAGGGCCGCUUCCAUCGGCGUCAGAUCUCGCCAGACAGCUGGUUGUUGCUGGGCGCGAGUUCAAAGGGCCUGCAUUUGUGAGCAAACCUACAACCAUCUCCUUCGAAGAUUUUGACGUGGGCGAGACAUAUGCGCAGAAGGUUGUGCUGACCAACAUCAGUUACAGCGUCAACAGUUUCCAGCUGCUGCCACCGCCUGUGGACGCCAUCACAUACGAGUACACCCCAAGCGGCGGCCUCAGUCCCGGCCUGUCUGCAGAGCUCACUGUCGUGUUCUCCCCAAAGACCAACCGUGACUGGUCAGGCCACAUUCGCCUCCUUGCGCAGACGGGCGAGUUCACCAUCCCGAUAGAGUGCCGCCGUAAACGCGCCAGCGUGUCGCUGUCUUCGCAACAUGUGGCGCUUCCGUCGGUGUACAUUGGCGAGACAGCACGUGCAGAGGUGGUGCUGGAGAACACGGGCGCGCUCGCCACGCAAUACCGCAUCCAGCCCAUCCAUGACAGCAGCGACGGUGAUGGUGGUGAUGGUGAUGGUGAUGGGGCCGCUGCUGCAGAUCGCACGACGACAUCGACGACAACAGCUUUAGCUUCAGCGACCGUGGUCGAAAAGGACGAGGCGGAAGCGAGGGGCGGCAACGCAGGCACUGGCAUCAAUGCGGGCGCCAAGGUCGCAGAUACAGCAGACAAGAGCAGCAACAACAACAAUAACAACAACAACAACAAUAACAACAGUGGCAGUGAUGGCACGACAAAAGCGACAACGACAGCAACAGCGACGUCGUCAUCUGCGUCGCACCAUCAUGGCAUUGAGCUCGAGGGUGAAACAGACGGCGUGCUGGCGGCAAAAGGGAACACAACGAUUGGCGUGGUGUUUGCACCCCCGCACCCUGGCCCGUUCUCCCGCAAGUACAAGAUUGUGUUUUCGGACAGCGACUGCGCGCCGCUUGAACUUCAGGUGGACGGAGAGUGCACGGCUGUGCCUGUGCAGCUGACCCACGACAGCGUUGACUUGAGGAUUUGCCAAAUCAACCGCGUGUUUUCGGACCGCGUGUUUGUGACCAACACCAGCUCCACCUCGUCGUUCAAGGUGGCCUUCUCCGUGCCCGCCCCCGCGCGCAAGUAUCUUGAGGUGCGGCCGCGCACCGCUGUUGUGCAGGCCGGCAGCCGGUGCAAAGUGUCGCUUGUGCUCACCCCUGGCGAAGACAUGCUGAGCGACCUUGGUGACAUGGCCGACAGCGAGACGUGUCUCGUGCACAUCCCCGUGACCAUGGUGACGGAAGGACUGGCGUACAAGGCGCAGGUUGUUGUGCACGCCAACAUCACCCCGGGGGACAUUGAGGUGUCGGCGCAGGCCAUUGACUUUGGCCGUGUUGCGUUCACGGAGAGCGUCGUCGCGCCUCUCACCCUCACCAACACGUCUGCGCUUCCACAAGAGUUUGCAUUCACCAACUGCCCCGACUACAUCUUCGUGCAGCCCAACAGCGGGUUUGGGACGCUGCUGCCCUUUGAGACGACGCGUGUGAAUGUCAUCUGCGCACCGCAGCGCCACCCGCACGACGACGACGACCGCCCCCUCCGCUGCACCAUCAACCUCGAGUGGCCAGGCAGCAAUGAGCCCAAGAAAAUCAGGUGCAAGGCCGUGGGCGUGCUGCCCCCGCUGCGUUUGAGUUCGAACCGGAUCCGGUUUCCGCCCACCUGUCCUGGCGACGAGCGUGUGGCGCGCGUGGAGCUGAAGAACGUUCGCACAGUCACGCGCACGUUCCAAUUUGGCAUUCCAUCGUCCUCCUCAAUCAGUGUGAGCCCGCUGUGCGACACGGUGAAGCCGGGCGAGACGCUUGCACUUUGGGUGCGUUACGUCAAGCCCAAGCGCGACGACGGCGUGUUGUUUGCAACGAUUCGACGCUUGAUCAGGGAGCAGCAGGCCAAGGAGGCCGCAGAGCGUGAGGCCGCAGCAGCAACAAGCGAUGCGGUGAGCCCGUCCACAUCCACGGCCAGCGAUGCGAAGGCAAGUGCAGGUGCCAAGCAAGGCAGCGGGAAACCGACGUCGAAGAAGCCGUCUGCUGACUCGACACGCACGGGCGUGUCUGCCAAGAGCGCGAUAUCCAUUGCCCCGUCAACCAUGACCACAUCGUCAACACAGCUGUCUGCGGAGACCCCCGACGACGCCCCACUCUCGCUUGUGGAGGUUGAUCCGGCCAUCCUCUCUGCCGCGCUGCAAGAGGUGUACCCGCAGCGCAUCCACCGGCAGCUCAUUCCGUGCUACGUCAAGCCGCGCUCAUCCUCGUCUUCGUCCUCGUCAGCGUCGAGCAACACGGCCAACAAUGGUGCUGAUGGCGGUGCUGAUGGCGGUGCUGACGGCAGCAGUCGCGGGCCCGCGGCCGUUGCCGUUGACACAACCGAGUGCUCGUAUCUUGACGUUGAGGUGCCGGAGGUACCGCCUGUGCUGGCGGUCGUGUCGGACUAUGGCAAGACGAAGCACGACUUUGGGCCCGUCUUCAUUGGGGAGAAGGCGUACUACACGGUGGACGUGCUCAACAUGUCGAGCGAGGUGGUGCACGUGAGCAGCAGCGUGCUGGACAGCUCUGGCGCAUUUGCGACCGUCAAGGCCAUCCGCCCCAUGCAGCCAGGCGCAGUGCAGCGCAUUACAAUUGCGUUUUGGCCGCAGGCUGCGCGCGCGUAUUUCGAGCAGUUUGACAUCUCAUGCCGCCAGCAGACCAUCAAGCUGCGGCUAUUUGGGCAGGGCGUUGUGCCCACCUUAGAGGCGGUGCUGCCCAAACGCGAGACGCACUGCGAGUUGGUGUGUGCGGCCACGAGCCAGCCCGUGCCAUCGGGGCCGUUCCUCAUGUUCCACGAUUGCAUCAGUGGCGAUCGUGUGCAGGCGAAGCUGCGGCUCCGCAACACAUCCACGCUGCCGCUCUCCUUCACGCUCGCGUUUGCAAGCCAACAGGCCCGUGACAAGAACACUGUGGCCAUCGCCAGCAGGCCGAACAAGAACGACGCGAGCAAGGGCGCAGCGGGCGUGCAGGAGGCGCCGACGGUUGCGUUUGAUGCGCGUGUCGGCGCGGCGACGGUGGUGCGGCCACAGCGGCAGGAGUGGGACACGUGCAACGUGAGUGGAACGCCGGCAUUCUACUGUGAGCGGUACACGGGUCGCCUGGCGCCAACGGAGCACACGGACAUUGCUGUGACGUUUGCGCCCGACCGCACCUCGCUCUUCUUCCGCGAUGUGCUGCGUAUCACGUACUCCAGCAUGGUUGCGCCCAUCUGUGUGGACGUGCGCGGGCGCGCGUGGAGUGCAGGCCCCUUCCUCAUUGGCGGUGCAUCGGCGGCGCUGCCCGCAGCAGACAACCUGCUCCUCCUCUCCCACUGCACUGGGGACGGGCUUGGCGAUGCCGGUGAUGGCAGCGGGGACGCAGCGGAGGUGAGUGGGAGCACAGGCGACGCUGGUGCCGAGGGCAAGGACGGCAACAGCGGUGGUGGUGGUGGCGGGAAGAAGAACAAGGGGCAGGUGAAGACGCUGCAGAGGCAUGUGCCACUGCUGUACAGCUUGGCGGCGCACACAACGACAACGACGUCGGCGGGCAAGCCCGGGGAUGGGAGUGGUGAUGGCGACGGUGAAGGAUCUGGGCCCAUGUCUCGGGUGGUGUAUGACAGCAUUAGCACGACGCUGCUUGCCGGCAUCCCUGUUGUGAGCGGCAACGCGGGGAAAAAGGUGACUGGCGAAUGUGUUGUGCAGCCUUUAAGCGAGGAGGACCAGAGCAAAGGCUUCUCGCUGAGCGUGGUGAAUCGUGCUUCGCUCGACAGCUCGCAACUCCUGCCGGUGGUGAUCACAUUCAAACCACUAACCAGCGAUGAUGAGAGUGACGGCGAUGGUGAAGGUGAUGGCGAAGAUGGUGAUGUGAUGACAGCUGAUGGCGAAGGGGCGACACGAGCGGGCGCUGAUGGUGAAGAACAAGGCAAGUCUGACAGUGGUGGCCCUGGCGGCGAGCAACCAAAGCCUGCAGCAACGUCACCCCGUGCGUCUCCCAUGACGCCAACGCCACGCGGUGGUGCUGGGGAGCAAGAGGAGGAGGUAACGGCGCAGCGCAAGGACCUUGUGCCGGGCAUGAAGCUCGUUGCUGCCACCUCGUUUGUUCUCAAAUCGGGAGCACAUGCCGUUCAGUAUGACGUGAGCGUGCAAGUCACCGUGGUGGAGUAGCCAUGGCGUCAUCAGUGUUUGCACGCGUAUGUUGUUGUUUAAGUUGUUGUUGUUGUUGUUGUUGUU